UAAAUUGUGUAAGCUGGGUGUGCAGGAACAAAUGUAUAAGUGACCUAGACUUUUCAUUCAAGCAUCCUCCAUGAACAACUUGAAUGAUCCCCCAAGAUGGAACAUCCAACCAGACCCCAGAGGGAGAGGGGCGGGGGGCGGUGAUGGGAACCAAUGGAACUACGCCCUGCUGGUCCCUAUGCUGGGGCUGGCUGCAUUUCGUUGGAUCUGGACCAAGGAGUCUCAGAGGGAGAUUCAGAAGGUGAAAUCGCAGUAUGAUAAGGAUGUGUCUACUAUAAAAAAUGAGAUGGAGGCAAAGUACCGAGAGACGCUGUCAGAGAGGCGCAAGGCAGCUGCAAUUCUUGAAUUGGAGUUGGAGAAGGAGAGACAGAGAGUGAAAGGCUACAAGCAGGCACUGGUCUCACAGAGCCAAAACCUGAUGGAGGAACGGAAGCAGUUACAUCAGGAGCGUGAGGCGUUAGAGGACGAGAAGCAAAAGCUGGUAAAGUCUGGAGCUGCAGGGGCUUUGCUGCACAAAGCACUGGAGCGAGAAAACGACUGGUACAAUCGAGCCACUGCCACCCUGAGGGAGCUGGAGGCUCAGCUCGUGGAGCGCCAAAACGCCUACUGCUCCCUUAUCCAACCUCGGGAUCAGCGACUGGAGAUGGAGAGGAACAUGCUGCUGAAAGCCGUCAAAGAGCCCAUCAGUGCAGAACUCGAUCUAGAGUCUGAUCUGAAGGACAUUUUUAAGCGAGACAAGCACUGUGCGGACCUGUUAAACAUGGACAAGAGGAAGAAUGGAAGCCUCAUGUGGGUGUAUCUCAAGUACUGGCAGCUGCAGGUCACUGUCCAAAAACACAAGAGAGCUGAAGAAGCCAUAUUAGGAGGGAAAUUACAGCCUCACACAAAGUGACAAAAGACAAAAACAAGCUUUAGUUUUUCAUUUGACUUAAAGGAAUGUUAAAGGUAUGUGGGUUGGGGAAGGAAUUGCAUGUAUUUUUCACUCUAGAGCAGUUUUCACAUAAGCUCUCCUGAAAUUUUCCAGGCAUCAUGCACAUAAAUUCUUCCCGAGUUUGCUGUUCACACAUAAACCUCACAGUGGGACACUAUCACUGCUCUCAGGCGGACAAAGACAUAAUGCUAUGAUAAGAAUUUCUGCCUUCAUAUCAAUGCAACAUAUAGCUUAACAUAUUCUCUGGAUUAAAAAAGGAACAUAGUGGAAAACAGAAAGCAUAAUGAUGUUUAAUGUUCCUGAGUAUUUCCUGCUUUGUUCCCACAUCACUCCGAUUUUAUGCAGGAAAUUUUUACUAGAGGGCUAGCAGGAAAAAUUCUUGCUGAAGUCAGGGAGAAAAUUUUGUGUCCACACAUGCAGCUGUUUAGUGGGACAUUUACAGGAGUUUGUAUUUAAAUGCACUGUUAGUAUCAUUGCUUGAUAUGGAUGAUUGAAACAAAAGAUACAUCUCAGCAAAAAAUGUACAUCUGAAAGUUCUCCCUUUAUCCAAAAAAAAUUUACAAAGUAAUUGAAUUUUAUUUUAUUAAAUAGGGACAAUGCAGUUUUAUCACAGAGCAUGAGGCUGAUGUGCUACAAGGAGAGUUUAUAGCAAUGGUGAAUUUCCAACUCUGGUCCCUCUUGUUGGGCCUUUGAGAAAAAAGGGGCAUUUCGAGCAUGAUAAAAAUACAAUAUACCAUGAACUCAGAAUCACCUGUAUCAGCAAGACAUGUUUGGAACUAAAUAUUUCAACAACAUACAGUUUGUUAUGCCUUGAAGUCCCUUGUAAAUUCUUGCAGGGUAUCUAAGUUAACUUAACUUAUACUGUUAUUGUACUGAAUUAUGACCAGCUGCAGUUCUAUUUUGCAUAUAAAUUGAGGGCUUUAAUUAGCAUUUCCAUUGUGAUUUGAUAUGCAUUCAUCUUCAGGGAAAAAUCUUAAAGUAAAAGCUACUGAGUGCGAGGAAGAGCAAAUUGCAAACACAAUGUCAAGAAUCUAUUCUCAAAGAAUAUUUUUCCGCGAAACCAUCAAAUUUGUCUGUGGAGUGUUUUGACAAUGGUCAUUAAGACGAUGAAUUGUUGAAUUGUCAGUCAUGAUGUCUGUGUUGCAUUGCCUGUUUUCACCAGCGCCUAUUUUCAUAACUCCUUCCUCUACAUCAGAGUCUCUACUUUCUGUUUAUUGAGAUUCUGACCUUAAUGAUACUGUUUCUGUUUUUGUCACUGGUUUAAGAUUUUAAUCCUUUAAGUUUUAGAGCUUUUGAUCUAUCAGGGAAUCAGGAAUCUACAGAUGCAUGUGAAUAUAAAUUUAGGAAAAGGACUACAUCAUUGCAGCACAAAACAGCAGUAGACAGUAUCAAACAAUACCACUUUAAUUCCUACUUCUCUCCCAUAAUUAAAGGAUCACUAAAGCUUCUUCAUACGGGAACAAAAAUGAUUUUGUUUAGGCCAUGACGUGGUCAGUAAAUGCUGGACUCUAUUUUAUGAAUUGAAUUGUGCUGAUGCUUACCACUCUGUGGAAUCUGCCUAAUAAAAAAUGAUUGAAGACUUACUCAUCUAGUUGUUUGUUCAUUCUCCUUUACAUCUCGCCACUUUGUUUUGUUGUUUACCAUGGAUGCACAAUUAGUCAAUUUUUGCUUAUGCCGAUAUUUACAAAUUCAUUCCAGCUGAUACCAGUAUUUAUACAUUCUAAGACCUAAGACUUUAGUCCUUUAAACAAACUUUAAAGUUCAAGGAUGCACAAAGAAACAACCUUCAGUCCUUAGAAUACACUUUAAAGUUAAAGGAACAAAGAAAAAUACUUAAGCUGAUGUAGGUCUGUUGGUACAGCCAUUAAAGGCCAAUAUCUACAGUUGAUAUAUGGGUUGUAAAUUCUGGCAGCUUUCACUUCUGCUGAUAUAGACCCUGGAUUCACCCCCUUUGAUGCUUUACUCUUUUACUGAUUUUAUAAAUCAGUCAUGGUCAAUACGAUUUGGCAUUUUGUAACAAAAAUAUCUUUAAAGCCAAAAUGGAAACAGAUUGCUACAGAGUAGUAGUUUUUAUAAGCACUGUGGUUACGU